AUGGAGGGCAGAGGGGCGUCGGGUCAGGGGACGGUGACGUGUGCGUCGUGGAUCCGACGGCCGGAAAACGCUCAUCUGGUGGUUAUGGGAAAGUCGAGGCAUGGGGAUAACCCUGCCGUGCUCGAGAUCUUCUCCUUCGAUCCCAAGACCACUUCUCUCUCUUCCUCUCCAUCGGCUACGUAUGUAUUUGAAGAAGAAGGUGAUCCGGUGAGCUUUGCUGUGCACCCAAGCGGCGACGACAUCGUUUGCUCUACCACCGCUGGUGGCUGCAAAUUGUUUGAGUUGUAUGGUAAAGAAUCAUAUCUGAAACUGUUGGCCAAAGACUUAGUUCCUCUCAAAUGCGUUGGCCUGCAAAUAUGCUUAGCUUUCAGUGUUGAUGGAUCUAGAUUUGCUACUGGCGGGGUGGACGGGCAUCUCAGAAUCUUCGAGUGGCCUAGCCUGCGCAUCAUUCUUGAUGAACCAAGAGCUCACAAGUCAUUCCAAGAUAUGGAUUUUAGCCUAGACUCUGAGUUCUUGGCUUCUACAUCUACUGAUGGUUCAGCAAGAAUAUGGCAGGCAAAUGAUGGUGUUCCAUUGACUUCUUUGACUCGAAACUCAGAUGAAAGGAUUGAACUUUGUCGGUUUUCUAAGGAUGGGACAAAACCAUUCUUAUUUUGCACAGUGCAAAAAGGUAACAAAGCAACCACUGCUGUUUGGGACAUGAGUACUUGGAAUAAAAUUGGGCAUAAGAGACUACUAAGAAAGCCUGCUUCCAUGAUGUCCGUCAGUCUUGAUGGGAAAUAUCUUGCACAGGGAAGCAAAGAUGGAGAUGUGUGUGUAGUUGAGGUGAAAAAAAUGGAAGUCUACCAUUGGAGCAAGAGGCUUCACCCAGGUUCUUCCAUUGCAUCGUUGGAAUUCUGUCCAAGUGAAAGGGUUGUGCUGACCACUUCUGCUGGAUGGGGAGCCAUGAUCACUAAGCUAAAUGUUCCUGUCGAUUGGAAAGAGUGGCAGAUCUAUCUAUUGCUCUUGGGACUAUUUGUGGCCUCAGCUGUUGCAUUUUACAUAUUCUUUGAGAAUUCGGAUUCAUUUUGGAACUUCCCGCUUGGGAGGGAUCAACCCACGAGACCAAAGAUCAAAGCUAUUCUGAGAGAUCCGCAGUCUGAUGAUCAGGAUAUGUGGGAACCAUUAGAUUUGUGA